AUGUACUUUAAUCCUCUUAUCCUCGCGGCCCUUGUGCCUCUAGCAACCGCCCAACUCUCCGGCAGCGUCGGACCCUCGUCAUCAGCAAGCACCAAAGCCAGCACUAAAACUUGCAACGUCCUAGACUACGGCGCCAAAGCAGACAAAUCCACCGAUAUAGGCUCCGCCAUCGACUCUGCCUUCAAAGAAUGCUCCAACGGCGGUGUUGUCUACAUCCCUCCCGGCGACUACGCCAUGGAGAGCUGGGUGACCCUCAGCGGCGGUAAAGGCUGGGCGUUGCAGCUGGACGGAGUCAUCUACCGGACUGGUUCUGAUGGUGGCAACAUGUUUAUAAUCGAGCACUCUUCGGAUUUUGAGUUUUUUAGUAGUACCUCCAAGGGUGCGGUGCAGGGAUCUGGGUAUGAGUUCCAUAAGGAGGGCUCGUUGAGUGGGCCUCGGAUUCUGCGAUUGUAUGAAGUGACGGAUUUCUCGGUGCAUGAUGUUGCGUUGGUCGAUGCGCCGGCGUUUCACUUCUCUUUGGAUACGUGUGAGAAUGGAGAGGUGUAUAAUAUGGCUAUUCGGGGUGGUGAUUCGGGUGGAUUGGAUGGUAUUGAUGUUUGGAGCACCAAUAUUUGGAUUCACGAUGUCGAGGUUACCAACAAGGACGAAUGCGUGACGGUCAAGAGCCCUGCCAAGAACAUCCUCGUUGAGAACGUCUACUGCAACUGGAGCGGUGGAUGCGGUAUGGGUUCGCUGGGAACCGACACCGACAUCAGCAACAUCAUGUACCGCAACAUCUACACCUGGAAGUCCAACCAGAUGUACAUGAUCAAGAGCAACGGCGGCAGCGGUACCGUCUCAAACGCGGCCUUUGAGAACUUUAUCGGCCACGGCAACGCCUACUCCCUCGAUAUCGACAGCUACUGGAGCAGUAUGGACGAAGGGAGCGGUGACGGUGUCCAACUCAGCAACCUCACUUUCAAGAACUGGAAGGGCACCGAAGAAGACGGCGCCCAGCGUGGUCCCAUCAAGAUUGAGUGUCCUGACGCGGCUCCUUGCACGGACAUCACCAUCCAGGACUUUAACAUGUGGACCGAAUCCGGCGACGAACAGAGCUACACCUGCCGUAGCGCUUACGGGUCUGGUUUCUGCUUGGAGAACUCGGACGAUGAGUCUUCGUACAGCACCGCGUUGACCGCGACUGCAACCCCUUCGGCCUUUGCGGCACCCCGCAUGCCCAAUGACUUGUCCACUGCGUUUGGUACCGACUCUGCCAUUCCAAUCCCGACUAUCCCGACCUCGUUUUUCCCCGGGGCGACACCAUACAGUGCGCUUGCUGGUGCAGCUAGCGGCAGUGCCACGCCGUCUAGUUCUAUGGUUGCGAGACGGUUCAUGCCCAAGGAGACUGGUGCUUAUCCGGAUUUCCACGGCAAGAACCGUCGGAUGGUGAAACGAGCUACGAGGGUAUUUUCGUAG